AUGGCACGCGAUUCUGAUGGUUUUGUUGUUCUUGGGAGUAUUUUUAGGAGGGGUUUUUACCCAAACGCUUUGACUUUUAACAAUCUGAUUAAUGGUCUUUGUAUGGCGGGCAAGAUUAAGAAGGCCAUUGAAUUUUUUAGGAAAAUGGUUUCGGUUGGUUGUAGACCGGAUGUGGUUACAGUUGGGACUUUGAUUACUGGGUUGUGUAGAACUGGUAAUGUCACUGUUGCCCUUCAGUUGUUUGAAGAAAUGAAUAACGGGAAUGGUGAAUUUGAUGUCAUUUGUAAGCAUAAUAUUGUUUGCUAUACUGCAAUUAUUGAUGGUCUUUGCAAAUAUGGGUUAGUAGACAAGGCAAAGAAACUGUUUUCAGGAAUGAAGACCAAGGGCAUUAAUCCAAACGUGAUUACUUACACCACUCUAAUUUAUGGUUUGUGUAAUACAUCUAAUUGGGAGGAGGCUAAAACUUUGUUUAUAGAGAUGUUGGAGGAAGGUGUAAAACCUAAUGUGGUGACAUUUAACGUGGUAAUUGAUAAGUUCUGGAUCAAUGGAAAGAUGGACGAAGCCAAUGGGUUGUUCCAACUAAUGAUAAAUAGAGGUGUUUGUCCCGACACAAUAACUUAUAACAUACUUUUGAGUGGUUUUUGCUUGGCAGGUCAGAUUGAUGAUGCUAGAAGGCUAUUUGAUUCCAUGGCAAGUAUGGGUUGUAAGCCUGAUGUUUUUAGCUACAAUAUUUUGAUGGAUGGUUUAUGCUGGACAAAUAAAAUUGAUGAUGCCAAGGAACUUUUAGCCUCAAUGUUGAGUAUGGGAUGCACACCUGAUGUAGUUAGCUACAAUACUCUGAUAAAAUGGUAUUGCAAGAAUCGAAAAAUUGAUGAAGCCUUUAAUCUUUAUGAGGAAAUGACUUCCGAGGGAGUUAGGCCAAAUGUUUUUGCUUAUAAUACCUUGCUCUCUGGGUUUUUUAUGAAUGGUAAUGUCAGACAUGCAAAAAUGCUAUUUGGUAAGAUGCAACUUAGUCAUUUGCCUCCCGACUUAUUUACGUAUAGUAUUCUUAUUGAUGGUUAUUGCAAAAAUGGUUGUGUUUUGGAGGCCGUUGAACUGUUCUAUACUUUAAUAAAUCGAAACAUUCAACCUGACAUCACAACUUUCAAUUGUCUCAUUAAUGGGUUGUGCAAAACAGGGAGACUCAAUAUUGCUUGGGAAAUGUUCAACAGAUUACAUAGUAAUGGCUUUGUUCCUAAUGUUAUUACAUAUAACAUUAUAAUGCAUGGAUUUUGUAAGGAAGGAAAGUUAGAAAUGGCAAGUAAAUGUUUCUCAGAUAUGGAGCAAAAUGGUGUUGUGCCAGAUUUGGUCACUUUCAAUACGCUUAUGUCUGGUUUCUUGCAGAAUAAUGAGACUUUAAAAGUGGUGGAACUUCUUCACAAAAUGAAAGAGAGAAAUGUGAAACCAGAUGCAUCCAUAGGUUCAAUAAUAUUAGAUUUACUGGGAAAGCAUGAAGAUUACCGUGAAGAAAAUACUGACGAAGAUGCUCGUAAGGUUGUAGAUGGUUUAGCACCUAAGGCCACUGAUCAAAAUGAUGCUAUUGAGAAAUGGAAUCUUUAUUUCUUUGGAAAGAUGAAUCCCCUUGAUGAAGUCUCUAGUAAGAAGUUGGUGGUAGCUGAUGCUAAGUUGAACCUCGAUGAUGGUGCUGCCUUCCUGGUAGAAGGGAAUCUCUCUUGUGAUCCAUCACUAGAGGGUCCUUGA